GUUGACCUAAUGGAAGUCUGCUACAAGUCCAACUGUAUAGAAAAUAUUUGUGUGAACGUGACAUAAUGCAAUAACUAGUAGAAAGCAGCCCCUGGAGUUUCGCCUUAAUGGAAAACAUCUCAACUCUUAUUACGAUUUUUGAAACAUAAGGAACGUCAAAUUUGUCAAUGUGUAAUUUGACAGUUGGAGUGGAUGUUUAGCGAAACGUCAAAAAUGCAAAGAAGUAAUAGGUACACAAAAAUUUUCGCUGAAUUUGCAAAUGUGAACAAAUAUUCAUAAGUGCUUUGUAAAACGUAAAAAGACAAAUAUAGAUAAACACUUUAAGAGAAUUAGCAGUGGUCAACCAGCGCCAUGGCGGAGCAUUCGUUCCUUGGCACUUGGGAGAUCGUUUCUUGCACCUUUGAGCUUAAAAAGGAAAUAUCUGGUUUGGAGGGCAUUAAAUUUCGCUUAGAUGAUACGAACGAUAUAACCUGGUAUAACGAUUUGGUUAAUCCACUUCCUGAAUCAAAAGACUGCGCCACUUGCUGCGAUUCGGCGAGUGUCUUAUUUAGUUGUGAAACAUUCGAUGUGAACGAAACGAAUCCACGUUUAGUAUUCGGCGCGUUUGCGGGACAUAGCAUAGAAUUUAGGACUAACACUUUAACACCGACUGAUACGCUAAUUUUGGAUUGUGAGAACUGGUAUGCAUUGGAAUGCAAGCGACUGAAAGAGUGUCAUGCAGCUGGCCAGGAACGUGAAUUCUCUUUUGCAGAGGCGUUGCAAGAGUCAUACUUCACGGAUGUGAUUAUUAAAAGCUCGGAUGGUUUUGAUGUAGGCAAAUUCCCUGCAGACACAUUUAAGCUGCGUUUUUAUUUCGUUUGGUUUUAAUUUUGCUUGGUUGAAUGUUGACUUUACAUUUAUGUUCAAAGUUUCACGUACAUUCAUCUGUAUUACGGCUAAGUGGUUUCGACUGCAGCAUGUGUGUCCAGUCCAACGGGCCUGCACUUUCUCAGCAUGCGAUAUCGUGCAAAACACACGAUAUAUCGCACCAACAGCAAUACCAGAAGGCGCAGAAAUGCCAAACGAGUGAUGGCGUCAGUCCUAUAUUGGGUGCAUCAAACCCUAUCAAGAUUUCAGUGACACUACCCAUUUCUAAUGUGCAAAACUAUGACGAUAACCAGAUGUCUUUACCGCAACUCAAUAUCUCUCCAAUUUACCUGCAGCCACCAGCUGAACAUACAAAUUCUAUUUGUAAUAAUGGUUUAAUUGCUAACCGCGGUGCACACCUGUCAAAUUCCUUUAAUUGUCUUACGACCAGCAAUAUUGGAGUGGGUCAUGACAAAAAUGCAGCGCUUGGUGAUAUGGGCGGUAUGCGCCGUUUUCCACCAACAUCAAAUUCAGAUUCCCAUCUUGAAACGCAGUCCCAUUGCAAAAAUAUUUUUAAUUUUUGCCAAGACUUUCUGCAGCAGCCGACGGAGACAACUAUUGUGUGCAACACUCGUCGUCCGCCCUUAUCACCAUACCGUGUACGCAGUCCUUCGCCCUUUCCUAGCUCGAUGGAUACACCGCCUUCUUCACCACUAACACCAGUUGCAGUCCUCUACAAUUUGCCAAACUUUCUACUGAUACCAGUGUUGCAUUGGCUGUACGCGGAAUCGCUGAUGCCCGAUAUGGAUGAGAAUGCGUGUGAGAAAUUAAUAAAUUUCGCAGAGACCCAACCAUCUCUUACGAAAAUGGUGGAGCCAACCAGAAAGUAUCUGAAGCUCAUGCAACUGAAGAAAUUUGUGGUAAAUACGCUGAUGGAUUCACAUGCCGUGCUCAACCAUAUAAUACAAGCAAUCAACCCUGUUACGAUAUUACACGAACCCGCCUCACUCUAUGCGACUUUUAAAGACUGCCUAAGGGAGUCUGCAAUCGGAUGUGCCAAGGUGUUGCAGUUCUGUAAUAUUUUCAUUCGAGACGCCUCGGAUAUAACGCGCUACCAGAAAAAUGAAAUCAUCAAAUACGUGCGCACACGUAUUCCGAUUUUCAUGUCGCAAAUUCAUCAACUCCUGCGUAAUAUUUUGAAUGUUUUCACAAGUCUGACGGCAGAAGAAAAGGCGGAAUUAGUGAAUUAUUUAGUACCUGAAAUUGAAUCUGCUCUAGUAAUAUUAACCGAUGUCGUUGAGGAAAUCAAAAACUCUUUGGAAAAAAUGUGUAAAGAUAUAAAUUGUUCACACUUGGAUUUAUCGGCGCGACAGCACAACGAUAGUGUACUUGCAAUGCAAACCCAAAACAAUGCUUUCAUCAGUGCCAAUGUAGGCUUAGAAGACAAUGGGGCGCCGUUGUUCAGUCCACCACCCAUGUCACCAAGACCACGACGUGGCCCACCCGUUGGGCUGACACUUUACGAUAAUUCAACAGACAAGAAACGCUUAAUGACGGCCGAGAACGAUUUGAAAUUUGUUUUAUAUAUGUAUGAAGUACGAAAGAUGCGUGAUAUUUAUGGGCGGAUCGCCACGGCUCUCGAAAUUAUUAGGGACAAAAAGACGUCAUUCUGCGAAAUGGACUUCUUAAGUAAACGGAGCACGAUUAAUCAAAAUUUGGAGCAGCUGAUCAUAGACAUACCCGCAUACAUUUUGAUUAUGGAAAAUCUUUCUGAUCGAGUAGAUGAAAAAUUGGGUUGGAAAGAAUUCAAAUUUUGUUUCAAACUGGCGACAAGUCAAAUCAAUGGUGUGAUUGUUAAGCUGCUUGACCACAAGUCUGCGUUACGUGACUCCAUUAGCAACGUAUGCAAGCGGGUGCAGAAGCACGAAUUCACGGAAUCUUUAAUUGAACUAGGACUUUUGGAAGCUUCCAACAUACUUGAGCAUGAAUUAAAGCUACCAGAGUUGGAUAACAACAUGGAUGCAGUGUCUGACGACUUCGCUAUGGAACGUCGGCGCUCUUAUGACUACAAGAAUGUUAAGUUGAAUUUAACGAAACAUCUGUGUGAGCCGCCCAUUGCCGCCAAUAGCAAUUUAUCAAAGAACGCUUUGCGCCUCCUGCACUCAGCACAGCUGGCGGAUAUGGAAUUUGAAGUGCACACCUAUGCGGAAAGUAGCGCGCAGUUGCCUGUCAUAUCGAUUUUGAAUAAGGACAGUUUUGAAAUGGUCCAGUCGCCACAACCGGUGCAACUACAGCGGCCACCAGCGCAAGUGCACACAUUUCGAGCGCAUAGAGUGAUUGUUUCAGCGCGUUGCGAGUGGUUCAAAAAGGCGCUGCUCUCCGGCAUGCAGGAGAGCAUCAAGAGAAAAAUCAUCAUAACCGACACCUCGCCCGUGAUCUUUCGCCGCUUGUUGCUCUACAUCUAUGGCGCGCCUAUUGAUAAAACGGUAGGAGCCGAACACAUUUGCGAAUUAAUGCUUCUCGCUGAUCGUUAUUCAAUUUGCGACUUGAAGGAGCUGUGCGAGAAUACACUGAACUCACUAAUUGACGAAGAAUCGGUGCUUUGCUUGUUGGGCAUUGCGGAUCGCUACAUGGCUACCGCUUUGAAGUCGAAUUGCUUAUCGUUCCUAUCACAGCAUGCGAAUGUCACCAAGCAGGAUAUGUUCAAGGAGUUGCCACAGACUUUACAGUUGGAGGUCAUGGAUCUGGUGCAUUGGUAUGGACGUGUUUCUGAGCCCUGGAGUGAUGGCUUCAAAUCGCGUAGCGGUUCGCGCCACAGCUUAAAAAGCCCAUCAAAGCCGCGUUCAAGGUCUCGGAAGUCCUCACCUUCUUAUAUGUGACGCUGACCGCGCAGCUCGUUGUCGUAAAACACAAUUUUUUGCUGUUAAAGAGGCAUGCACAACCAGCAAUAAAGGACGCUUUUCAGACUGAAAUAAAAACCAAAAAACAAAAAAAAAACAGAACGGGCCCGGAGUAACUUGCUGUCUUACGGGUGUUUUAAUUAUGCAUUCCAAAAACAAGAACAAACAGAAAUAAUGAUGAAAUUGCGACGCUCUAUGUUUUGUUAGACACAAGAUUCGAUUUUGCUAAAGUUAAAAAAAAAAAUUAUUUAUCCGAAGCUCAUAGGCUACUUUGUAAUGCUGCAAGUGCACGCAAAGCAAACAAUUUCUGAUUGUAAUCAUACCUAUACAUUGCAUUGGAUACAACUCCAAUGAUACUGAAUAUGUGUACUCUUUAAUUUGCCGUUCGCAUAUUUUUGCUAAUGUUAGCGGUACUUGUAGUUAGGUGUAUUUUAAACGGCUAUUGUAUUGUGUUAACUUAUUUAUAACUAGCAUAGGCUACUUUUUAAACUAUACAGUGAAGCUAUGGUACUGAUACAUAUCCUUGUUGCGUACUUGUUCAUUUGUUAAAUAUUAUAUUCUCUGAACGAACUUUUAUCUGUGUGGAAAUUAAGUACUGUAAGCGGUUGAUUUAGACAAAUUUACCAUUUUGAAAAUGUUUAGAUAACGUGUUGUGGUACGUGUGUAAGCAAUUUAUAGUGAAUUUUGUGGAGAACAAACAGACAUAUUUUUAUUAUGCAAAUUUUCAAGCUGUUCAACAUAAAUAAACUCGUAUUUACAUGUAUUUUCUAGUUGUAAUCAAAAUAUGUAUUAAUUAAGUAUGAUUAGCGAAUAUUUUCGAAGAGAAGACGGUAACUGGAUUUCCAAGGCAUUCCAAGGCAAAUCUAAGCUGCAAAUGAUUUACGGCAAUUUCAAUGUACAAGUAAUCAUUAUGCUAGUGGAUAAUAUUCACUUAAUAUGUUUAUUGUUGUCUUUUCAUCUUUUAAACAAACAAAAUAUACUGUCUAUUUAAAAUGAA